AUGCAUAUUCUCAAAUGUAUGCUGUUUCUGUUCUCGAUAGCUUCUAGUGCUUUGUUGAUUUAUUUUCAAGUUUUUACCUCUGUCAGUUUCAGCGAUGAUGAUCGAGAAUGUAUAAGAAAUGAGUGGCAGAAAAGUUCUCUAAUCGACGGAACUCAAGACUUCGGAGCCGAUUUCCGUAUUUCUUUUGCUGAUACUCAUCACUUGUUCAAAUGGAUUCAUCUGCCAGUUUUACCUGUUCCUGGACCUGAAAUUCUGAUUAUUGUCACAUCGAGACCUGAUAAUUUAUCGAGAAGAAAUAUUCUGAGAAACAGUUGGAAAGACUUGGAUAAACGAAUGAAAUACUUGUUUUUCAUUGGUUUAGGAGGAGAAAUUGAUCAGAAAACCAAUGCAAUUGUGAAAAAAGAAGCCGAAUUAUAUGAGGAUAUUGUGAUUACAGAUAUGGAUGAUAACUACUUGGGAUUAUCGUAUAAGACGCUCUCCCUCCUUCUCUUCUCUUUUUCCAAGUCCCCUUCCUCCCAACUAAUAGGGAAAAUUGAUGAAGACAUCAUGUUUUUUCCCGAUCAAUUGAUUGAACUGAUAGAUAAUGGAUUCAUUGAUAUGAAGGGUUCUAAUAUGUAUGGCUACAUAGUAGAAGCGGGGGCACCUGUCCUAUCGGAAUGUGCAGUUCUAAAAGCUCCUCGAACUUCGUAUAGUUGUCCAAAGUAUCCAGAAUACUUGGCUGGACCAUUUUAUUUGGUCACAAGCGUGGCAGCUCAGAAUGUCCUGAAGGCGUCGAAACAUAGAAGAUUUCUGAUUUCGGAAGACGUCCUUGUCACAGGUCUCCUCGCUUCUGAUGUCGGUGUCAGGAGAACUCAACUUCCGAACCUUCACAUGUUCCCUGACGUGGCUCAUGGUCCUGUUUUGGCAUGGCAUACUAAGUUGGAUGGUAGUAAAUACUUGGAGAAAUAUGAGCAAAUUCUGAGAAAACAACGAUGA